AACACAAAUUCCUUUUCCAUAGAGCAAACAAAAAAUGGCUGAAAUUUUUCUUGGCGCUUUCGUUAAUGUGCUAUUUGAGAAGUUAGCAUCCGGCGAUCUUUGGAACUUUGCACGUAAGGAGCGGAUUCAUGCUCUGCUUCUGAAAUGGAAGAGGAUGUUGGAACAAGUUGAGGCGGUGGUUGCAGAUGCUGAGGAGAAACAAGUCACUGAUCGGGGUGUUAAUUUGUGGCUGGAGGAUCUUGAGGACUUGAGUUAUGAUAUGGAUGACGUACUGGACGAGUUUGCAACAGAAGCUUUGCGACAGAAGGUGAUGGAAGUGCCUCGAGCUAGCACCAGUAAGGUACGUAAACUCAUACCUAAUUGCUGCACACAUUUCAAUCCAAGCACUAUUGUGUCUGAUUCUAAAAUGAAGUCCAAGAUGGAUGAGAUCACUGCGAGGUUGCAAGACCUUUUUGAUCGAUUGAAGGGGCUUGGUUUGAGAAACAUUGCUGCAGGGGGGUCUGGUAAUGCUUCACAAAGACAACCAACAUCCUCGUUGAUAAUUGAACCUUGUUUAUACGGUAGGGAUAAUGAUAAAAAAGUGAUAAUAGAGUUGCUCCUAAGUGAUCAAUCUGGUACUAACAAAGUUGGUGUAGUCCCGAUUGUGGGUAUGGGUGGAGUCGGCAAGACCACCCUUGCUCAGAUGGUCUACAACGACGAGAUGGUGGACAAGCAUUUUGAGAUGAAAGCAUGGGUUUGUGUAUCAGAAGUGUUCGACAUUGUUGGAGUGACAAAAGCUAUUCUUGAGUUUGUCACUAAAAGGUCGUGCGAGUUUAAAGCCUUGGCUCAAGUUCAAGAUGAGCUAAAAAAGGCUUUGGCCGGGAAAAAGUUCUUGAUUGUUCUUGAUGAUGUGUGGAACAAAAACCAUAGUGACUGGAGCAGUUUAAAGAGUCCUUUCAAUGAUGGAGCCCUAGGAAGUAAAGUCAUUGUAACAACACGCAAUAGGGAUGUUGCAAAUACAAUGGCUGGAGCCAAUAGAUAUGAUCAUUUCCUAACAGAACUAUUAGAGGAUGAUUGUUGGUCAGUGUUUGUACAACAUGCAUUUGAGGAUAGAAGUAUGGCUACAAAUCAAAAUUUGGUUUCAAUUGGUCGAGAAAUUAUCAAAAAAUGUAAAGGCUUGCCUUUGGCUGUUAGGACACUCGGUGGCCUCCUACGGUGUAAAUUGACAGAGGUUGAAUGGAAAGGAGUAUUGAACAGUAAAAUGUGGGAGUUAUCAGACGAGGAAAGUCAUAUUCUUCCAGCUUUGAGAUUAAGUUACUAUCACCUCCCUUCAUAUUUGAAGAAGUGUUUUUCAUAUUGUUCCAUAUUGCCGAAGGAUUACGAAUUUGAGAAGGAGGAACUAGUUUACUUGUGGAUGGCAGAAGGCUUAAUUCCAAAGCAAAAAGGACAAAAGGAAAUGGAAGAUCUUGGGUGCGAGUACUUCCAAGAAUUGUUAUCGAGGUCAUUUUUUCAACUAUCACGUAGUAGUGAACUCUUUGUUAUGCAUGACCUCAUCAAUGAUUUGGCUCAAUUUUUUGCAAAAAAAAUAUGUUUCCGGCUGGAGGAUAAGCUAAAAGAGAGUGAGGGGGAUAAAAGUAUCACUAAGGCUCGACAUUCAUCUUACAUGCGCGGCCUUCGCGAUGACAUAAAGAAAUUUGAUGCCUUUCACAAAGCCAAAAAUUUGCGAACUUUUUUACCAUGUGGGUCUAGAUAUCAAGAUGAGUCCUACUUGACUAGCGACGUUCCCCUUCGUCUGCUACCAGAGCUCAAACGUUUACGUGUGCUUAGUUUGCGAAGAUAUCAAAUAGGUGAACUUUCCAAUUCGAUUGGGGAUUUGAAGCAUGUGAGGUACCUUGACCUUUCAUGUGCCUUGAUUUUAAUGUUACCAGAAUCAAUAGGCACUCUCUACAACCUACAAACGCUAAUUUUGAGAGAUUGUAAAAAUCUUAAGAAGUUGGCUGCAAACUCUAGUGACUUGAUUAGUUUGCGUCAUCUCGGUGUUACUGGUGCAAAUUCCUUACAAGAAAUGCCACCAAAAAUAGGAAAAUUGACAAGUCUUCAAACUUUAUCAAACUUCAUUGUUGGCAAUGGUGGCGGGUCUACGAUAACUGAGCUGGGCAGCCUGAUUCAUCUUAGAGGGACACUUAGUAUAUCAGGGUUGGAGAAUGUGACAGAUGCUCUAGAUGCGAAGAGGGCCAACUUGAAGGAUAAACAAGGCUUAAAUGUGUUAUUGAUGAAAUGGAGUACCGUAUCCGAUAAUGCUCGGAACGAAAGUGUUGAAUCAAAAGUGCUUGAUAUGCUAGAACCUCACAAGAAGUUAAAAGAGCUUUCCAUUAAUGGUUAUAGUGGCUUCACAUUCCCAAAUUGGGUUGGGAAUUCUUUGUUCUCUAACAUGGUCUACUUGAAGUUCCAAAAUUGUGAAAAAUGCACUUCCUUGCCACCUUUGAGACAGUUACCCUCGCUUGCAAAACUCUAUAUUCAAGGUAUGAAGGCAGUAUGUAAUGUUGGACUUGAGUUCUAUGGGUCGGGUUUGACGGCGGAUUUUUCAAAUGGGACGGAAGAAAGGUAA